AUGAAUCAGAACUGCAGGGCACUAAAACAACACUUGGAGGACUUGGUAGCAGCUGGGCACCUCCGGGAUUACAUUGAUCACGAUAAGGAAGUGAUCGAACUGGGGAACCCACCACCAGAACAAAAUAUUGAGCAUCCACCUCGCUUGAUAAUUGACGUUGUUAGGCCCAUAAAGGUUCUCAGGUGGGCUUGGCCAUUCAGAUAUCGGGUGGAGAAGCGUGAACCAGUCCGACCCAUUCCCUCUGGAACUCGUUGUAUCGUAACUGUAUUAUCAAUAAUAAAUGUGAUCCAUGGGACAGCGACUCAAGAACUUGAGGAGACAUUGAAAGAAGAGAUUGCUAAGGCUGAGCAAAUCCAACAAGUCAUGUUAGUGGAUCCUGCAACGAAAAAGCACCUCACCCCAGCGGCAGCCCUGAUAGUUGGCUUCAAUUCGCAGCCAGAAUGGCCGCUUAGCAGAAUAAUGUUGCCAGUCGUGGCAGGAACAAAAACCCUCCAGAUAGAGUUCCUAUUUAUUAAUACACCAUCCGCUUACAAUGCCAUACUUGGUCGUCCAUGGAUUCAACAAAUGGAGGCAGUCCCUUUUACCUACCACCAGUUCAUCCGAUUCCCAACGGAACACGGAGUAGAGCAGAUCUCAGGGGAUCAAGUUGCGUCCAAACAUUGCUUCAUGGUGGCAUUAAAGGCAAAGCAGCUCUGCAAUCAGGUACAGACAGUAGAAGUGGUCGAACAACCAGUCUUAGAAGAUGUAGGGGGAGCCCCAGAGGAAAAGAUAGUAAAGGAUUUAGAGAAAGUCCUGGUAAAAGAGGAUGAUCCAGAAAAGUACUUCCUUAUCGAUACCUCGCUAGGCGUCGAUGAGAAACUUUAG